AUGGGUUACAAUGGAUUUGGAAUGGAACAAAUACAACCUCCACCGGAUAAAGAUAUCCCUUUCAGUCAACUUACACCAGAUCAACAAGGUGAAAAAGGUGCACAAAUGAUGAUGGAUUUUAUGACUUCAUGUCCCGGUAAAUCUGCUAUUAGUGGUGUUACUGGUUUUGCAUUAGGUGGUGUUUUGGGUCUUUUCAUGGCCUCCAUGGCUUAUGAUACCCCAUUACAUGUUCCUACUCCAGGGAAUAUGGCAAGUCCCAUUCAACAGAUGGCAGAUUUACCAAUGAAACAACAAAUUAAAUUACAAUUUGCAGAUAUGGGUAAAAGAUCAUACUCUAGUGCGAAGAAUUUUGGAUAUAUUGGUUUAAUCUAUGCCGGGGUAGAAUGUGUUGUAGAGUCUACAAGAGCUAAGAGUGAUAUAUAUAAUGGUGUGUCAGCCGGUUGUAUUACUGGUGCUGGUUUAGCAUAUAAGAGUGGACCACAAGCUGCAGCAAUUGGAUGUGCAGGGUUUGCUUUAUUUUCUGCUGCUAUUGAUAUGUAUAUGAAAAGUGAGGAUGGUACGCCGCCAACCAAUGAUUUCAACCAGUAA